AUGAGGAGCAUUGGAUCUGCCCUGAACCUGCUUUUGGUAUCACCCCUCUACUUUGUGUGGACCGUGGUCGCUCUGGACCUGGCCCAAAACCCCUGCACCACUUUGGUCCAAGGGAAAUUCUUUGGGUAUUUCUCCUCUUUUGCCGUCUUCCCGUUGAACUCCUCUCUCUGCUCUUGGAUUAUCCAGAACCCUGACCCUCGGAGGUACACCCUGUACAUGAAGAUCCUCAAACCUACAGGCGGAUGUGACCACCAGCACAUCCGUACCUACCAGUUUGACUCCUUCCUGGAAUCCACCCGCACCUACCUGGGCAUGGAGAGUUUUGAUGAUGUCCUGAAGCUCUGCGAUGGCUCCACCCGUUUUGCCUUCCUCCAAUCCAACAAACAAUUCCUCCAGAUGAAGCAAACUUCACCCCCAGGGGUGGAGACCUGGCCGGUGAGGUGGAAACCCAUAAAGGCUCAGGAAAGGGACUUCUCAGUGGAAUACCUGGUGGUGGGCAACAGGAACCCCAGCAAAGCUGCUUGCCAGAUGCUCUGCAAGUGGUUGGAUGCCUGCUUGGCCAUCAGCAGCAGCUCCCAUCCCUGUGGCAUUAUGCAGACCCCGUGUUCUUGCUCUGGAGGGGAGGUCCUUGACCAGGCCAGUGAGAUCCUGGGACUCAACAGGAAGAAGGAAGAUUGUUACAAAGAUGGGAUUUACUUGGAGAACUGCAUGAGCAGCCCCAAGGACAGCAGUGGAGUGGAUUUUCUGGGUGGUUGGAACUCCUGGUCGGCUUGGGGUGACUGCACCAAGGACUGCGGGGGAGGUCUGCAGACCCGCAUGAGAACCUGCACACCCCUUCCCAAGGAAGGUCUGGUCUGUGAAGGAGUCCUGGAGGAAGGAAGGCUCUGCAAUAGGAAAGCCUGCAAUACCAAUGGACGCUAUAAUUCCAGAAGCCAAUCGCUGAGGUCCACAGAUAACAGAAAACGAGAGGACACAGAGGAGCUGCAGCACUACGGGUAUCCUGCACCCCAAAUAGGUGACCCCGCAGCAGAGGAAUGGUCCCCGUGGAGUGUGUGUUCCACCACCUGUGGGGAGGGUUGGCAAACCAGGACCAGGUUCUGUGUGUCGUCUUCCUACAGCACUCAGUGCAGUGGCCCUCUCCGGGAGCAGAGACAGUGCAACAACUCUGCCGUGUGCCCAGUGCAUGGCACUUGGGAUGAGUGGUCUCCUUGGAGCUUGUGCUCUUCCACCUGUGGGAGAGGAUACAGGGAUCGGACCCGGACUUGCAAACCCCCCCAAUUUGGUGGAAACCCCUGCGAGGGCCCUGAGAAGCAAACAAAGUUCUGCAAUAUUGCACUUUGCCCGGGCCACUCAGUGGAUGGCAACUGGAAUGAAUGGUCGAGCUGGAGCUCCUGCUCAGCCUCCUGCUCCAACGGUACCCAGCAGAGGACCAGGGAAUGCAAUGGACCCUCCUAUGGGGGAGCUGAAUGCCAGGGACACUGGGUGGAAACCAGGGAUUGCUUCCUCCGCCAAUGCCCAGUGGAUGGGAAGUGGCAAGCCUGGGGAGUGUGGGGCAGCUGUACCGCGACGUGUGGAGGGGGGACUCAGAGACGGGACCGUGUGUGCUAUGGACCCUUCUUUGGUGGAGAAACUUGCCAAGGCCCCAAGGAAGAGUAUAAGCAAUGCAAUGACAGAAAGUGUCCUGAGCCCCACGAGAUCUGUGAUGAGGAAACUGUUGCUUCUGUGGUUUGGAAAGAGACGCCCGCGGGGGAUGCUGCAGCCGUCCGGUGUCCUCGCAAUGCCACGGGGUUGAUCCUUCGAAGAUGCAUUCUAGAUGAAGAAGGGAUAGCUUACUGGGAGCCACCAACAUACAUCAAGUGUGUUUCUAUUGAUUACAGGAACAUACAGAUGAUGACCAGGGAUCAUCUUGCCAAAGCUCAGCGUGGGUUGAUGGGAGAUGGGCUGUCAGAAGUGCUCCAAAACCUUGUGGAAAUAUCUCAGGAUGGGACCAGCUACAGCGGGGACUUAUUGUCCACCAUCGAUGUACUCAGGAAUGUGACAGAAAUCUUCCGCAGGGCUUAUCACAGCCCAACUUCUGGGGAUGUGCAGAACUUUGUCCAGAUCAUCAGCAAUCUUUUAUCAGAGGAAAAUCGGGAAAAAUGGGAGGAAGCUCAACUGAUAGGGCCAAAUGCCAAGGAAUUGUUCAGGCUUGUGGAGGAUUUCAUUGAUGUCAUUGGCUUUCGCAUGAAAGAUUUCCGGGAUUCCUACCAAGUGACAGACAAUCUGGUCCUCGGGAUUCACAAACUCCCUGCCAAUGCAGCCACUGACAUCACCUUCCCCAUGAAAGGCUGGAGAGGAAUGGUGGACUGGGCCAAGAACUCAGAGGACAAGGUCACUGUCUCCAAAAGCAUCCUGUCUUCAGGGCUGACAGCAUCAGAUGACUCCUCUGUCUUCGUGGUGGGGACCGUGCUGUACCGGAAUGUGGGCAACAUCCUCUCCCUCCAGAGGAACAGCACUGUCCUGAACUCCAAAGUCAUCUCCGUGACUGUAAAGCCAUUACCAAGGUCCCUCCUCACCCCUCUGGAAAUUGAAUUCUCCCACUUGUACAACGGAACCACCAACCAGACCUGCAUCUUGUGGGAUGAAACUGAUGGCAGAGCCUCCGCCUCCGCCUCCCCGCCCGGUGCCUGGUCCUGGCGCGGCUGCCGAACGGUCCCGCUCGACGCCUCCCGGACCAAGUGUCUGUGUGACCGGCUCUCCGCCUUCGCCAUCUUAGCCCAGCUCAGCCCCGACAUGAACAUGGAAAAGGUGCUGGUUCCUUCUGUCACCUUAAUUGUAGGCUGUGGAGUAUCUUCGCUGACACUUUUGCUGUUGAUUAUCAUUUAUGUCUCUGUUUGGAGAACUCAGGUUUUUCCGUGCCUGGGGUAUCAUUGGAUGUGCUCAAGUCCUUGUCCUCUCCUGCUUUUCCUCAGGCUGGGCAGCACUGGGCAGCGCUGGUACAUUCGCUCCGAGCGCUCUGUCAUUCUUAUCAACUUCUGCCUCUCCAUCAUCUCCUCCAAUGCUCUCAUCCUGAUUGGACAGACCCAGACAAGGAAUAAGGUGAUAUGCACGCUGGUGGCAGCUUUCUUGCACUUCUUCUUCCUCUCCUCUUUCUGCUGGGUGCUGACCGAGGCUUGGCAGUCCUACAUGGCCGUGACGGGCCGGUUACGGAACCGCAUCAUCCGCAAGCGCUUCUUGUGUCUCGGAUGGGGGCUCCCUGCCUUGGUGGUUGCCAUUUCUGUGGGAUUUACUAAAGCCAAGGGGUACGGCACCGUGAACUACUGCUGGCUGUCAUUAGAGGGAGGUCUUCUCUAUGCCUUCGUGGGACCAGCUGCUGCUGUCGUUUUGGUGAACAUGGUUAUUGGCAUUCUGGUUUUUAACAAACUUGUAUCCAAAGAUGGAAUAACAGAUAAGAAACUGAAGGAACGGGCAGGUCAGAUGGCAGUGCCCCUUUACGGCAUGACGCUCAAAUGUUCCAAGUGUGGAGUAGUUUCUUCUGCUGAAGUUUCGGCCACAGCCACCAGUAACGCCAUGGCAUCCCUUUGGAGCUCUUGCGUGGUCCUACCUCUCCUGGCUCUCACCUGGAUGUCUGCAGUUCUGGCAAUCACAGAUCGACGUUCAGCACUCUUCCAGAUCCUUUUUGCUGUCUUUGACUCACUGGAGGGCUUUGUCAUCGUUAUGGUCCAUUGCAUCCUAAGGCGGGAGGUCCAGGAUGCUGUGAAGUGUCGAGUAGUGGAUCGUCAAGAAGAGGGCAAUGGAGACUCAGGGGGUUCAUUUCAGAAUGGCCACGCUCAGCUAAUGACCGAUUUUGAGAAGGAUGUGGAUAUGGCUUGUAGAUCAGGUGAGCACAUCACAGUGCUGAAUAAAGACAUCACCACCUGCAGGACCUCAACCAUCACAGGAACAUUGAAGCGUCCAUCACUGCCAGAUGAAGAGAAAUUAAAACUCAACCACCAGAAGGGAUCAUCAAACUUUAACAGUCUUCCAGCCAAUGUUUCCAAGAUGCAUCUUCAGGGCUCACCUCACUACUUGGGGGCCAUCAACCUGAAUGAGUUCAGCAAUCACUCUCUCACUCUGAAGAAGGACAAGAACCAGCCACCUAAGUCCAUCUACAUCUGUGAUGGGGACAUCUUCAAGAAGUUGGACUCAGAGCUCUCCCGGGCACAAGAACAAACUCUGGACACCAGCUAUGUCAUUCUGCCUACCAACACAUCUACCUUACGGGCCAAACCACCCAAAGAUGAGAGCAAAUACAGCAUCAAUAUUGACCAGAUGCCCCAGACACGGCUCAUCCACCUCAGUAUGGCUACUGAUCCAGGCUUUGUUGUCAAAAGCCCUCCCCGGGAGCCUGUAACCAUGACAUGCAGUGAGGUGCAAGGUUCCUCCAUGAUACAACAGCAGCAGCAGCAGCUGGCUUCCCAAAAUAUCUCCAACGAGUCACAGAUUCCCAACAGCCUGGUGGACACAGGUGACUCAGGGAACUCGGGUGUGGUGUCCAAGAGUGAGACUGUCUCCACCCUCUCCAUGAGCUCCUUGGAGAGGCGGAAAUCCCGGUACGCAGAGCUAGAUUUUGAGGUGAAAAAACGUCACCAAGACAUGUUCCAAGACCUGAACAGAAACACUCCAGCAUGCAGAGAGAAGGAGAAGGAAUCUCCAACAACUGACAAGCAAGAAAAACAGCAGACACCAAACAAGAGACCCUGGGAAGGAAUCAGGAAAGUCCAGUCCCCACCAUCAUGGGUUAAAAAGGACAUGGAACCCGUGGCACAGUCUCCCCUAGAACUCAAAACUGUAGAGUGGGAGAAAACAGGAGCCACCAUUCCCCUGGUGGGACAAGACAUUAUUGACCUUCAGACAGAGGUCUGA